AUGCUGUCGACGGUGAAACAAAAAAAUCUGGCAUGGCGACUGUGUGCACAUACUACCUGUUCCGGUAAUGUACAGCCCUGGUGGCAAGUUGACUUCCAGAAAACCUAUGAAGUAGGUACAGUCACAAUAACAACAUCAUCUACUUCAGGAUCGCUGAAGGAUUUCUUAAUCACUGUGUAUGCGGAGGAUCCGACAACACGACCACAUAUGAAUCCUGCGCAUUGUUACCAGCACAGUGGUACCGUGAAGAGAGGUGCUACCAUUACUGUUCACUGUGAUGAGAAUGUCAAAGGACGAUUUCUGAGAAUCACAAACCACAGAGGGUCCAGUGAUGUCAGGUGUAUCAACAUGGCCCUGUGUGACGUCAAAGUAACAGCUGUAGUGAAGACGGAUUGUCCAAAGGGAUUCGUCAGAAAUCAAGAUUCCUGCUUCUGGUUUUCUCCAUACACUACAAAAUGGAUCAGUGCCCGGAGCUACUGUAAGGUUCUGGGUGGUGAUUUGGCCGUUGUUGACAAUCAAGACACAGACAACUUUCUUGGUGGAUAUCUUAAGAGAAUCGCAAAGAAGAAUGCAUCUUACUACCUGGGCGCCAGUGACAUAGCCGUUGAAAACAACUGGAAGUGGGUGGACAGGAAGGACCAUUACAUGCGCUACUCCAACUGGGCAGUGGGCCAGCCACAGUCACAGCAUAUUCAUGAGCACUGUCUGGCCAUGAACGAAAGCUCGCGCUUUAAAUGGCACGAUAUUAUCUGCAAUCUCAAGAAUUACUUCAUCUGUGAAGUGAAGCCAUGAUUUCAUUCUCAGAAUGAAUAAAUAAAUAAAUACAGUCGAACCUAUUUAUAAAGCGACUCCGGUACAUGUGGAAAGGGCUAUUAAAUUUGGCCUUUAAGCACAAUUGGUCUUUGUAUCAACUUUAAAAAAUGCAUUUGCCUAUACUAUAAUCGUGAGGGAAUAUAUCUGGGUAGGUGAUUAUUAUAAAAGGAGUCAUUUAUGAAAAAGAUCGACUGUAUCAGUAAAACCAAAA